GUUAUCGGAAUGGGAGUUGACUACUCUUUGUCAUGCGCAUUAACUCCAUUCCAAAUUUAGAAGUAAAUCCGCCAUUAUCGAUAUAAAGGGGCCAAACGUCAUAACAAACUGUUGUUCACGGUUAUAUCUUUGAGGGAAAUAACUUUUUGAUAGCAACAGAAAAUGAGAGAAUAUAAACUGGUUGUGCUUGGUAGUGGUGGUGUUGGUAAAAGUGCCCUGACAGUACAGUUUGUACAGAAUAUUUUCGUAGAGAAAUAUGACCCCACAAUAGAAGACAGUUACAGGAAGCAAGUAGAAGUGGAUGGCCAACAAUGUAUGUUAGAAAUUUUAGACACAGCCGGAACAGAACAAUUCACAGCAAUGAGAGAUCUAUAUAUGAAAAAUGGACAAGGCUUUUUAUUAGUAUACUCUAUAACAGCACAGUCAACAUUCAAUGAUCUUCAAGAUUUAAGGGAACAGAUUCUUAGAGUUAAAGACACAGACGAUGUACCAAUGAUUCUAGUAGGAAACAAAUGUGACUUAGAAGAUGAAAGGAUAGUCAGCAAAGAACAAGGAAUGAAUUUGGCUAGACAUUUUAACAAUUGUGAAUUUUUAGAAACAUCAGCAAAAGCAAAAAUAAAUGUUAAUGAAAUAUUUUGCAACCUUGUGAGACAAAUCAACAGAAAGAAUCCAGAAAAAAGACCAGGUGGAAAAUCAGGAAGCAAAUCUAAAUGUACUUUAUUAUAAUGGUUUACCACUUUAUAUGUUAAACAUUAAAGGACAGAAAUAGAAAAAGAAUAGUUAAUGGAUAGCCAGAACUAGUCCAGAAGAUUAAAGAAAAUGUGUCUUGCUGGUUUAAUUUUUUUUUUUAUCUAUAUAUGUAAUUUUAAAAUACUUGGUUUUCUAUUUUAAAAUUUUCGUGUGAAGAUCUGAUAAAACUAUUAGUGAAAAAAAAUUCAGACAGCUGCAUUGGUGAAAACUAUUAACUAUAAUUUGCAUCUUCAUUAGGCCAAUUAUAUUCAAAUGUACAUCAUUUUUUGCUAGCUAAUUUUAUAAAAUAAUUCAUUGUUUAUAUUCAUGUUAACUGACAAAGGAUGCCAAGUUAGUGUACAGUAUUAUAAAGGGUAGAUGUCCUGUUUAUAGGAAUAGGUACAUGCUUAAUAUAACGAUGGUGCAUUUAAUCUUGUUUGUUUAUACGAGACAUAAGCUAGUGCUUCUUGAGAUCAAAUUCAGUUAACAAUUUUAUUCUUCCUAGAAUAAAAUUGAUUGCUUUCAAAUAAUGCUCACCAGGUGAGGAGACUUUAAAAUCAGACAUUGUGAAUUUGAAUUGAGACAGUUUUGUAGAGAAGUUGGAUAAAUUUUGUUGAAAUUGUUCUGUUGAGAAGAUUAACAAGUUUAAAUGAAAUAAUCAAAUUUUCUGUGAAAGUGUCUUAUUUUUUUUUUUAGUGCAUGUUAAGUUAAAUGCAUUUAAGCUUGUAGAUAUUGCCUAUGGCAUACUUCAAUUUGUUUUAUUAUUAAAUUUUAUUUUAUUAAGAAAAAGCAUUAAAUUUAUAUGAAAUGUGAAUGAAAUAUGCAUGAAAAAGCAUAUAGAGCUUUUUUUAUUUUAUUGAUUUGUCAAAACCUACAGAAAUUUUAAAUCAUAAUUCUGCUUAUGCAUCUUAAAAUCUUGCAUGAAUGAAAAAAAAUAAAUUCCUUACAAAAUCAAAAGGAAAUUUCUUUUUUUUUUUUGCUUAAUGUGGUUAUAUAUAGCUUUAAUACAUUUAUCCUCUUCUCAAUUACUGUUUCUAGGGCCUUUUAUUUUCAUUUUCAAGGAGUCAUUUUUUGAACAUCGUUUGUCACCUCUUAAACAAGCAUAAAACUUGAUGACUUUGUGUGGCAUUACGCUUAGUUGAGAUCUUAUUUUAUGUAGGAACAUUUAUGGGUUUAUACUUAUCUGCAAUAAAUUUACAACAGUCAUUAUAAAGUUUGCUUUCAUUAUUUGUUGUUUCAAUUUAUGUUUGUAUGUUUUAUAAGUAAAAGCACAGCCAAAUAGUAUGUUUGACAUUGUUUGUCAAAUUACAUUUAUGAAUUACAUUUAUGAAUACUUGCACAAAUGUUAUCCUCAGUUCAAAUACAUUUCAUUAAUUUCUUUUUAACAAUUAAUCUUUUUGAAAUAUAUUAGUGCAAUUUCUAAAUGUGCUUCAAUGUCUGAAAAACUGAGAGUAACUUAUGCUUCACAGAUUUUCACGAUUUAUCAUAUAAUUAUAAUCAAUGAUUGUAUAAAUUGGAAUGUGGCUUAUUUAUACUGGGAAUGGCUUGUAUUUUAUAUACAUUUUGUAGUAUUGUGAUACUGAGUUUGGGAAUAAAAUAGUUUUGUAGUACUGAUGUUAUCUCCCCUUAGUUUCUAUUGUUAGUUAAAAUUAAUUGGCCAUAUACAUAUUAUAAUAAUACACAAAUGAUUAAAUGUAUCUUUUUCAUUUACAUAUUUCUCUGCAUAUUUCUUUUUAUAAAUCUUGAAGUAACAUUAUGCCUUUUUAUGUAUUUCAUGUCUUUCAAAUGACAAAUUAAUUAAAUAAUUACAAAAGGCAAUACACACAUAUACAUUCACUGUCAUUACCCAUAUUACUUUGUAACAUCUUAAUUACAUAUGUGAACAUACAUAUGAUGUCAGUUAUAAAUGUGGACAGAAGUGAACUAAUAUGGUUAAUACAGCUUAUUACAUUGAAUGUACAAUGAUAUAUCUCAUUAUUAUAAGUUUAUGUUGUGGACUAUUUGACCUAAAAUUAGAUAGAGAUGGUUCAUAUUUCAUAAAAAGCAAGGUACUUAUGGCCAGUUAAUAAAUGAUGUUGUUUCAAUUCAUUACUGUACUGUGAUACACAAUAGGAGAAGGCCUUUUACUGAACUUAGUUUGUCUUUCAAUGUGCAUUCUUUAUUUAAAGAUUGAAGAUAAAUAAUAUUAACUAUUUAAUUGGAAUACUUGUCCAUGUUUUAACAUUAUUUUAUUCAUGCAAAUGAACAGAUGGAGGUUAGAAAAUAGACAUUUAAUUGUUUCAAAUUCAUACACAACAAAUCCUAUAUACCAUCUCACAACUGUUCAGAUCUUGCUUGGUAAAAAUAUUUAAAAAUACUGUGUGAUAAAAUUUUCAACAGAUAAAUCAUGUAUUUUAUCUAUAAAAAUUUACCAAUUCAAAGUCUACAUUUAAUAUGUCUUUUUGUUUUAGAAACCUUUAAAAAUAUUUAAGUGGUGAAUUAUUAUUUUGGUAAUUUUGAUUGCAUAUCUGGGGCCAUAUGUUAAUUUUAUGUUAUUUAGCAGACAAUCCUUUGCUUGUUUGCUUUAUGUAGAAAAAAUUGAAGUUGAUUAAAUACUCAAAUUUGUUUUCUGUUAGUAUUUAUGUCAUUGAUGCUAGGUUUUUCCUAAUUACGUGUGAAUAAAUGCAAUGCACACAAAGUUUUGUCAUAUUUUAGAUGUACUUGCAUGAAUAUAAUACAUACCUUCAUCUCAAUAAAAAUUUGAAAAGA